CUUCCCCACCCACUCUGGGUUCCAGCUGGCGGAGAUGGACCAUCCAACACCCAAGGUUCUCCCUUCCAGAUCCCACGGCCCCUCCCUAGGACUGUGGACUUUGGAGGCUGGCAGGGUGAGGUUCUCAGUGCCACCCUCCAUCAGCCGGAACCUGGCCAUGGUGAACGAACCCAGAGGGGAUGGCGGCCCCCCUCCCCGCUCGGAGGGCAGCAGCAGUGGAAGUGAGAGCUCUAAGGAGAGUUCGAGAUGUUCCACACCUGGGCUGGACCCCGAGCGCCACGACAGACUCAGGGAGAAGAUGAGGCGGAGGAUUGAAUCUGGGGACAAGUGGUUCUCCCUAGAAUUCUUCCCUCCUCGGACGGCCGAGGGGGCUGUCAAUCUCAUCUCAAGGUUUGAUCGGAUGGGGGCAGGUGGUCCCCUCUUCAUAGAUGUGACCUGGCAUCCAGCAGGGGACCCCGGCUCAGACAAGGAGACCUCCUCCAUGAUGAUUGCCAGCACCGCCGUGAACUACUGUGGCCUGGAGACCAUCCUGCACAUGACCUGUUGCUGUCAGAGCCAGGGACAGAUCACGGGCUACCUGCACAAGGCCAAGCAGCUGGGCCUGAAGAACGUCUUGGCGUUGCGGGGAGACCCCGUGGGUGACCAGUGGGAAGAGGAGGAGGGAGGCUUCAGCUAUGCCGUGGACCUGGUGAGACACAUCCGGAGCGAGUUCGGGGACUACUUUGACAUCUGUGUGGCAGGUUACCCCAAAGGCCACCCCGACGCAGGGAGCUUUGAGGCCGACCUGAAGUACUUGAAGGAGAAGGUGUCCGCAGGAGCCGACUUCAUCAUCACCCAGCUUUUCUUUGAGGCGGACACAUUCUUCCACUUUGUUAAGGCUUGCAGCGAGAUAGGCAUUACCUGCCCCAUCCUCCCCGGCAUCUUUCCUAUUCAGGGCUACCAUUCCCUUCGGCAGCUCGUGAAACUGUCCAGGCUGGAGGUACCACAGCAGAUCAAGGACGUGAUUGAGCCGAUCAAAGACAAUGACGCUGCCAUCCGAAACUAUGGCAUUGAGCAGGCCGUGAGCCUGUGCCAGGAGCUUCUGGCCAGCGGCUUGGUGCCAGGGCUUCAUUUUUAUACCCUCAACCGCGAGAUGGCCACCACAGAGGUGCUGAAGCGUCUGGGCAUGUGGAUUGAGGAUCCCAGGCGUCCCCUGCCCUGGGCCGUCAGUGCCCACCCAAAGCGGCGGGAGGAAGAUGUACGUCCCAUCUUCUGGGCCUCCAGACCAAAGAGUUACAUCUACCGCACGCAAGAGUGGGAUGAGUUCCCCAACGGGCGCUGGGGCAAUUCCUCCUCGCCAGCUUUCGGGGAGCUGAAGGACUACUACCUCUUCUACCUGAAGAGUAAGUCCCCAAGGGAAGAGCUACUGAAGAUGUGGGGGGAGGAGCUGACCAGUGAAGAAAGCGUCUUUGAGGUCUUUGCACACUACCUCUCGGGAGAGCCCAACCAACAUGGCUAUAAGGUGACUUGCCUCCCUUGGAAUGAUGAGCCCUUGGCGGCCGAGACCAGCCUGAUGAAGGAGGAGCUGCUGCGCGUGAACCGGCAGGGGAUCCUCACCAUCAACUCGCAGCCCAACAUCAACGGGAAGCCAUCCUCCGACCCCGUCGUGGGCUGGGGCCCCAGUGGGGGCUAUGUCUUCCAGAAGGCCUACUUGGAGUUUUUCACUUCCCGCGAGACGGUAGGGGCGCUUCUGCAGGUGCUGAAGAAGUACGAGCUCCGGGUUAAUUACCACAUCGUCGACGUCAAGGGUGAAAACAUCACCAAUGCCCCUGAGCUGCAGCCCAACGCGGUCACCUGGGGCAUCUUCCCUGGGCGGGAGAUCAUCCAGCCUACGGUGGUCGAUCCUGUCAGCUUCAUGUUCUGGAAGGAUGAAGCCUUCGCCCUGUGGAUUGAGCAGUGGGGCAAGCUGUACGAGGAGGAGUCGCCGUCCCGCAUGAUCAUCCAGUACAUCCACGACAACUACUUCCUGGUCAACCUGGUGGACAAUGAGUUUCCGCUGGACAACUGCCUAUGGCAGGUGGUGGAAGACACAUUCGAACUUCUCAACAGGCCUGAGCCAGAGCAAGACACACAGGCUCUGUGAUCCUGUACCCUCGUGGCCUUAGCCUGAGGCCCCUGCUGUCCUGCCUUCCUCCUCCCCAGGCCUGGUUCUCUUCGGGACCCCUCUUCUCCGGCAUUUCUCCCCCAGCCCUGGCCUCCACUCCUCACGUGAUGAUGGCAGCUAGACUGGCGUGAGGCUUCCCGGCUCUGGCUGGACCGGAGUCAGCCCCACGGGGGAGCCUGGUGUUCCUCGCUCAGCCUAGACUGUGUGCACCCUGAGGAGUGCACCCUGUCCUGCUGAGGACCGUGGUGGGCGGAACAACAUCCUGCCUGAGAAGAGAGGGCAGUUGUUGCUGACCUAGCCCUUGGACCACGGCAGCCGCUGGGAGCCGGCUGGGGCUGCCAGUGACCUUGCACUUGGGACCUGUGGAGCAGCAAAGUGAACCCCGGGUGGCAGGCAUUUGCGGUGCUGCGGAAGACACUGGCCCAGCAGAGGUGAUGGCUGCUGGCAUGUCCACUUGUGGCCGGAGGGGCAGACCCUGCCCUGCCCACCUGCUUGGAGGGCCGCCCGCUGGGCUUCUAGACAGGCCUUGGCCUGAAGCCUGAUAGCGCCAGCAUUUC